AUGUCUACUCUCUGUUCUGCCAUUAAUAAGGCGCUGCAGUUGGCGCCAAGCGGAGCCACUGAAAUGCCAUACGGCACUGCAGGCUUCCGAUGUGAAGCGUCCAAGUUGCCCCACGCGAUGGUGCGUUGCGGGAUGUUGGCGGUGGUGCGGUCAUUGUGUCAUGGAGGUUUGCCAGUGGGUGUGUGCGUGACUGCCUCACACAACCCAGCCUCGGAUAAUGGGGUGAAGAUUGUGGAGCCAGAUGGCGGCAUGUUGGUACCAGCUUUCGAGAAGUAUGUGACUGACUUGGUGAAUUCUCGGACGCCGUUCGCUGUGCUUGAGGCUCUGGUGCGCGAAGCGUGCCAUGUGGAACUUUCGACCGCGAGCGAAGACUUGUUCAAGCGCUGCCGUGUUGUGGUCGCUUGCGACACGCGUCCUUCCUCGCCAACACUUACUGAACUGGUCACCUGCGCUGUGAAAGCGCUUGGCGCCUCCGUGGUCAAUGUAGGAGUGGCCACUACGCCUAUGUUGCACUGGAUCGUCGCUACGCGCCACAACGAUGUCAACGCCGCAAAACGUACACCCGAGGAACUCCACGAGGCCUACUACACCUUCUGGGCCGAGAAGGCGCGCGCGUUCGCCAAACUCGUCGGCGAGGGGCAGGAACUGCGCCUUUACGCGGACGCCGCUUGCGGCGUCGGCGCCAGCGCCUUCGAAGGGCUUCGGCCGGCAUUCGAGGCUCUGAAUUGCCAGCUCGAAGUGCGCAACACCGCACCCACCCCCACCCUCGCUCUCAACGAUCACUGCGGCGCCGAGUUUGUGCAGAAAAGCCGCAAGCUGCCAGCCAACUUUGGCGCUAGUGCGGGCGACGCUCCCGGUGCCGCGUGCGUCGCCGUUGACGGCGAUGCUGACCGCGUAGUCUUCUUCACAAUCCCGCCGGCUGCUGACGAAGAGAAGCCUCUCGCAACUUUGAUUGAUGGCGACCGGAUCGCCGCCGUCCUCGGCACAGCCCUGCUCAAAAUGCUCAAGGAGGUUGAAGCCAGCAGCCCGAACCCCGCCAAGGGCCGCUUGAGCUUCGCUGUCGUGCAGACCGGCUACGCCAACUCAGCGUCCUCACAGUUCCUGAUGAACCUGCCGCUGCCCAGUUCCGUCACGCUCCAGGUGCCCAUCACCAAGACCGGCGUGAAAAACGUGCACCACAAAGCCGUACAGUUCGACAUCGGCAUCUACUUCGAAUCCAAUGGCCACGGCACUGUUACCCACAACGCGGACGCACUCGCCGCCUGGGCACAGGCGCUAGGAGUAGCAGACAAACAACCAUUCCUGGUUCUGAAGGACUUCUUGGACUUGAUUGAUGAGUACGUCGGAGAUGCCAUUAUUGACGCACUUGCCACGAUUGGCGCCCUCCGCUAUCUCAACUACAACUUUGAUAAUAUGCUCAGUCUAUACGAGGACUUGAAAGUCGUCCAGAACAAGGUGCCCCUCCCCCGUGCGGUUCUCAACACCCUAAAAUCACACCCCGAACAUGAGCUAUACUUGGUGGAGCCGCAGGACUUGCAAGACAAGAUUAACGCCAUAGUCCAGGCCCACCCCGGUGCAAGGGCUUUCGUUCGGGCUUCCGGAACUGAAGAUGCCUGCAGAAUUUACAGCGAGCACGCGGAACAAAACGUGGCCGAACAGAUAGCCCGCGAGCUCGCUGGCUUGCUGGAGCAGCUUUAA